AUGCUUGUCCUCACCAAAAUCAUGCAGCCAGCCCUUCUGCUGGCACUUCUCUGCGUGCUCGCAGCCGCUCUUCCUGCAGAUCAGGGAGCCAAUCUUACACGCGACUGGGGAUUGAAGUCCAAAUUGAUGCUCAUGCAGAGGCCUAACAGCUAUGAAUCUCAGAGCAUACAGCAGGGCAAACGAUCGCUCCUCAGUAACAGACCUCCGCGAUGGCGAAAUGGCAAACGACAAGAUAAUCUGGCUCUGGCUCUAUCAGCAUCGGCCUCAGCAUCGGCCUCAGCAUCGCUUAGCUGA